AUGUCUCUGCGUCGACAUGCGCGCGAAGCCCUUGCUACACCCUCCGGAUACUCCGAGUCCUUACUCUUUGAACCGACGCCAUACGACUACGACGAGAUACCUGCACCACGACACGCACCAUCGGAGCAUACACUAUCCUACGCGGAUUAUCGGCCCGCGUCGCGUAAUACAGAACGCACGCUGCGACGGCCAAUGGCGCCGGAGCCUUACACCGUCUCCGGUGGUCCUUCGCAACCAGCGUCGUCAAGCUCGGGCUCUGAAGUGCCUGCCACUCCGCGAGACUGCGAGUCAUUAGACAAUAUCUGGGACCAAGUACGACACCGCAAGGUGCGGGAGCUUCAAGGCCAGCCGAGCAAGGUCGCCUCACUUCGAACAUACUCUGGAAGCACCCCACAAGACCGUGGUAGUGACCCACGCAAGGCUGGUCCUGUCCCGCGCUCGCCCGUCCCGCGUCCCGUGCAGCUCGGUUCGCCUGCACCAAGGCCAGUGCAACUCAAUUCACCCGCCCCACGUCCUUUGCAUCUCGGCUCUCCGGCACCCCAUCCACCCCACCUCGAGAUACCCAGCUCUAUAACUCGGACGGAUUCUCACCGGCGGAGGAGGCAGACCGAUGGCAUCGUUCAUUUCGAAGAUUCCGCAGAUGGUCAAUGGGUCAUUGCCACCUUCAUGUUGGGCGUUCCGAAGCGGGAUAUAGACGCGUCGUUCAAGGCCGAUAGGUUCACCGUCAGCUGGCACACAGUACACGAGACGGAGCGCGUUGAACGCCGCACGGUGUACCGUGAACGCGAGGAGAAGCAUCAUAGUCGGACUAUACAAGUCCCAGAGAAGACGAAGUUCGAAGACAUUAAAGCAUCCUAUCACCCGAGCGACGGGCGGCUGAUCAUCAAGUAUCCGAAAGCCCGCGCGGUGCGCGCUCGGUCACACCUCAACCAUUAA